AUGUUCAGUGGGAAAGUCGUUGCUAGCCACGGAGGUGCUCGUUUAUUCUCGACCACCAGUGCUGCUUCAGGAAGAGUCGGUUGUUCCACAGUGAAGCCAGUCCAUCAUUUAGUCAAAAUUGACAAGAACAAAUUAUCUCCAAGAUUCCCAGAAUUAAACCUAGAGAAGAAUGAUAUAAGAAACCCAGCAUUCAGACCAGUUGCCACACACCAAGAUAGAGUGGAAGAAUACUACAAAAACUCUAUCCAAUCGGAUUUGUUGUUGAUAAACUUCCAACACGGUGAAAGACGUCAACUAGGUUUAAAAAGAAGACAAUGGGAUGGUUCAUCUCCAAAUCAUCCAUCUCGUUCAUUAAGAAAACCACAAGGUUCAGCUGUGGAAACUACAGAUUAUAAACCACAUACUACUAAAAACAUACCAAGAAUUGAAUCUUUAGUGAUAAAUUGUUAUGCUAGAGCUGCUAGAGAAAAUUCAAAUCAUGCCAUUACAGCUGCCUUACAAUUACAACAAAUAACAAAUGCUAAACCAAAAGUUAUCCAUUCAAGAUCAGAUGUCAUUGCAUGGAAAUUACGUAAAGGUUGGCCAAUGGGUGCUAAAGUUGAAUUGAAAGGUAGACCGUUAUCUCAAUUCCUUGCAACUUUAACUGAAAUUGUUUUCCCAAGAAUUCGUGAAUUUAGAGGUUUAACUGUUAGAUCUGGUGAUAAAAAUGGUAACAUCACUUUUGGUUUAACUCCAGAAGACAUUAAAUUCUUCCCAGAAAUUGAAAGUAACCAAGAUAACUGGCCGUUUACUUAUGGUAUGACAAUGACUAUCAAGACUACUGGUCAAACAGAUGGUGAAGCUAGAACUUUACUAAGUGCUUAUGGUUUCCCAUUCUAUGGUACUGAAAGAAAACCAUGA